AUUGCGUAACUAAUUGUAUUGUGAAUGAAGAAACGAGAGCCAAGUAUCGAAAAUUGUGUUUUUAUUUUAUACAAACUUACUAACAAUAUUUGCAGAUAAUUAGUUAGAAACUCUAAAAAAUAUCACACGCAAUAUUAAAUUAUAAUUGUGUUCACAUCGAUGCAACCGGCUUCCCUCAAACAUAUGAUAUGUAGCAUGCUCAAUAUAGCCGCGUUCAGAUAUUUCGAUAAGCAUGUUCAACAUAAGCUGCGUACAGAUAUUUCGCUUCUUACAACUGCUGUGAAUAAAAAUACCUGCUUUGAAUUAAUGUUUAUUGUGAACUUAAUAGAAAAACGAAGUGUGCAAUCUGGCAAGAAUAAUUGAAUCUUUUCGAAUGUGCUGAAAAGAAAGGGCCGGUGAAGUGUAAACAACUAUUGUUUAUAUAUUUUGUAAAAAAUAGCACGUAAAGAUAACAUUAAUUAAUGAGUAAAAGUCUACUUAAUACGUUGAAAAAAUGAAAGUUGCAGUGGAAGGCUGUGCUCAUGGCGAGCUGGAAAAGAUCUAUGAAACCAUUCAAAGCAUUGAAAAUGAAGAGGGCUUUAAAGUAGACUUGUUGCUUUGCUGUGGUGAUUUUCAGGCUACACGCAAUCUCGAUGAUCUGCAGACGAUGGCUGUGCCGCAAAAGUACUUGGAUAUGUGUACCUUUUACAAAUACUACAGCGGCGAGCUAGUAGCGCCUAUACUUACAAUAUUUAUAGGCGGUAAUCAUGAGGCCUCCAAUUACCUACAAGAACUUCCGUACGGCGGUUGGGUGGCGCCUAAUAUAUACUACCUAGGCUAUGCCGGAGUUGUGAACGUUAAUGGCGUACGCAUAGCAGGUUUGUCAGGUAUCUAUAAAGGUCACGACUAUUUACGUGGACGCUUUGAAUAUACGCCUUACACAGACGCCACACGCACAAGUGUUUACCAUGUGCGACAGCUAGAGGUAUUUCGUUUAAAACAAUUAUCUGGUGAAACAGAUAUUUUUAUGUCACACGAUUGGCCGCGUGGCAUAUACAACUAUGGAAAUAAGUCUCAAUUGGCACGUUUCAAACCACAUUUUCGCGAUGAAAUGGAUAGAGGUCAACUGGGAAGUAGACCAUGUGAGGAUCUACUAAAAAUGUUAAAACCCAAAUACUGGUUCGCUGCACAUUUACAUUGUAAAUUCGCCGCAGUGGUGCCACAUGAUGAAGUGGAUGAUAGCAGUGGAGAAACUGGUACUACAAAUUGCGAAGAACGGAAUUUGAAGCAAAAGGAAGUUGCCAAGAAUAAGGAAGAAAAUAUAACUAAAUUUUUAGCUUUAGAUAAAUGUUUGCCCAAACGACGUUUUCUACAAUUACUCGACAUUGAAUCGCCACAAUUUUCCGAAGGCGAAAUUCGUAUGGAAUAUGAUCUUGAAUGGUUAACAAUACUUUAUUUGACAAAUCAUUUAACAAAUGUCAAAGCCUCCAAAUACUAUCUACCGGGUCCACAAAAUGCAGCCAGCACUGAACGUUAUAAUUUUACACCCACCAUUGAUGAAAUGGAACAUGUACGCAAUAAAUUUGCCGCUGACCUGUUGGUGCCGAAAAACUUUGCACGCACUGUUGAACCAUACAACCGUAGUGAAGAUAAUAACGGACACGUACCGCAACCGAAAGCGCAAAUUAACCCGCAGUCUCAGCAGUUCUGCGAUGCUUUAGGUAUUGACGAUCCUGUCAGCUUAGCAUUAAUAAUUGGCGGACACGAAUUGAACUAUUCGUCUACAUUGAAUGAAAGCACAGACACAGAGUUCAAUGAUUCCGCUACAUCCAUGCAAACGGAACACUCCAGCUUGAAUAUGUCAGGUAGCACAAGCGAUGCGUUAUCGCCACGGCAGAUAAGUCCUUUUAAACGGAAGAAUAGCAUAGGACUGAAUUUACCAAAACCCAUAGCUGAAGUGGAAGGUGUGGAAAGUGAACUUGGAGUUGUAAAAAAUACCGAUGAAAUCCAGAUCGAUAAUAGCUCUGGGGAUGAAGCAGAAAAGGUGCUUCCAUUGGAAGUGGAAACAACAAACGAAGUUUAUGAGGAGACGAAUGUUUUGAAUGCGAAACCACCGAUAAAAAAAUUUAAGAGACGUAAUCAAAGCGUGUACAUGAAUGAAGAUAAGGAGGUAGAGGAGUAAGUCCCUUACUAAUAUAUUAUAAAUAAGUAAUUCUUAUAUAAGUUGAACGGCUUUAAUUUCUGGCGUUUUUUAAUUAUGUGAGAAACGUAAUAUUGAUAUUUUAAUAAAGAAGCUACAUAAAUUUCGACAAAAA